AUGAACAAAGAAAAAUCAAUAACAAAUACAUCUACAGUUCCAAAAGGUCGUCGACGUAUCAAUACCCAACAAACACAAAAUGUUCUCCUAAUCUGGUUAGACAGUAACAUUGACGAAACAAAUGAUGGUUGUCAAAAUACAAUCACAAAACUGCGAUGUAUUGUGAAUGAUAUCAACACAUUUACAGAUAGUGAUCAAUGUCUCGAAUUCAUUCAAACUGUCGUCGAUAACAAGGUAUGCAUGAUUGUGUCCGAAUCACUUGGGCAACAAAUUGUGCCCCGUGUGCACAAUAUGUUUCAAGUUGACUCGAUUUUUAUUUGUUGUGGCAACCAAAAACAUGAUGAACAAUGGGUCAAAGAGUGGCCUAAAAUAAAGGGUGUCUUCACAGAUAUUACACCCAUUUGUGAAGCACUCAAGGAAGCUGCUCAUCAAUGUGAGCAAAACGCCAUUCCCAUGAGUUUCGUGGGAGCAAAUAAAAAGUUGGAUCAAUUAGAUCCUUCUUUUAUGUACACUCAGAUCAUUAAAGAAAUCUUCUUGACCAUCAAAUUCGAACAAAAACAUAUCCAAGAAUAUUUUGACUACUGUCGCAAUGCUUUUGUAGGUAAUAAAAAAGAACUUAAAAAUAUCCAACAGUUGGAAGAUGAAUACCACAACAAAACACCAAUUUAUUGGUACACCUGCCAAACGUUCUUGUAUCCCAUGCUCAAUCGUGCAUUACGGUUGAUGGAUGGUGAUAUCAUUACACAUAUGGGUUUCUUCAUUAGUGAUUUGCAUCGACACAUUGAACAACUACACCAAGAGCAAUAUGUUGGUUCCACUGCUGCUGACACCUUCACCGUUUACCGAGGUCAAGGUUUAUCUGCAAAAGAUUUUGAGCAAAUGAUCAAAAUUAAAGGUGGUCUGAUUUCAUUCAAUAAUUUCUUGUCGACUAGUAAAGAACGUGAUCUUUGCUAUUCUUUUGCUGAAAGUAAUCAGGCCAAUCCAGAUUUAGUUGGAAUACUUUUCAUUAUGAAAGUAGACCCCUCUCAAUCGACAUCACCAUUUGCCUUAAUUGCUGGUAUCAGUUCCUUCAAGGAGGGAGAAGAAGUCUUAUUUUCGAUGCACAGCGUGUUUCGUGUACAGGAUAUUAAACAGAUGGGUGGAAACAAUCGUCUAUGUGAAGUUAACUUGACACUUACUGCUGACAACGAUCCAGAAUUGAACAGACUUACUGAUUACAUUCGAAAAGAGAGUUAUUCAGACACUGAAGGAUGGAACAGAUUGGGUAUGGUAUUACGUAAAAUGGGUCAAUUUGACAAGGCUGAAGACAUUUAUCAAGUUUUACUUGAUCAAACAAACGAUGAUAAAAACAGGGUACCUAUUUAUCAUCAACUUGGUUUAAUCAAAGAUGAUCAAGGAAAAUAUCAAGAAGCACUUGUAUUGUAUGAAAAAUCACUGACUAUCAAUCAAAAAACUCUUCCUCCCAAUCAUCCUGAUCUGAUUGCUUCCUACAACAAUAUUGGUUCAGUGCAUUACAACAUGAAUAAUUAUUCAAAAGCACUUUCGUCUUAUGAAAAAGUUCUUGAAAUUCAGCAAAGAUCACUUCCUCCCAAUCAUUCUGAUUUGGCUUCUUCCUACAAUAAUAUUGGUGUAGUGCAUAGAAACAUGGGUAAUUAUUCAAAAGCACUUUCAUCUAAUGAAAAAGCCCUUGAAAUUUGGCAACAAUCACUUUCUCCCAAUCAUCCUGAUUUAGCUUCUUCCUAUAACAACAUUGGUUUAGUGUAUAAAAACAUGGCUAAUUAUCAGAAAGCACUUUCGUCUUAUGAAAAAGCCCUUGAGAUUCAACGACAAUCACUUCUUGCCAAUCAUCCCGAUUUGGCUUCUUCCUACAACAAUCUUGGUUCAGUGCAUAGAAACGUGGGUAAUUAUUCGGAAGCACUUUCUUAUUAUGAAAAAGCCUUUGAAAUUCAACAACAAUCACUUCCUUCUGAUCAUUCCGAUUUAGCUAAGUCCUACGGUAAUAUUGGUAAUGUGCACUGCAACAUGGGUAAUUAUCCAAAAGCCCUUUCAUGUCAUGAAAAAGCCUUUAAAAUUCAACAACAAUCACUUCUUGCCAAUCAUCCUGAUUUGGCUAAGUCUUACGUAGCCAUUGGUAAUGUAUAUUACAACAUGGGUGAUUAUCCAAAAGCACUUUUAUCUUAUGAAAAAGCCCUUGAAAUUCAACAACAAUCACUUCCUCGCAAUCAUCCUGAUUUGGCUUCUUCCUACAACAAUAUUGGGGUAGUGCAUAGAAACAUGGAUGAUUAUCCCAAAGCACUUUUAUCUUAUGAAAAAGCUCUUGAAAUUCGACAACAGUCACUUCCUGAUAACCACCCAGAUUUGGCGUCUUCCAAUAACAAGAUCGGUGCAAUGCAUGACAACAUGGGUAAUUAUCCGAAGGCACUUUCAUCUUAUGAAAAAGUCCUUGAAAUCCGACAGCAAUCACUUCCUUCCAAUCAUCCUGCUUUGCCUUCUUCCUACGGUAAUAUUGGCAAUGUCUAUGCCAAGAUGGGUAAUUUUCCGAAAGCACUUUCUUAUUAUGAAAAAGCUUUUGAAAUUCAACAGCAAUCACUUCCUGCGAAUCAUCCAGAUUUGGCUAAAUCCUAUAACAACAUUGGUGUAGUGCAUUACAGUAUGGAUAAUUAUUUUAAAGCACUUUUAUCUCAUGAAAAAGCUCUUGAAAUCAGAAAACAAUCACUUCAUCCAAAUCAUCCUAAUUUAGCUUCUUCCUACAACAACAUUGGUUUGGUAUAUGAAAACAUGAGUAAUUUUGCAGAAGCUCGUACAUUUUAUGAACAUGCUGUACAAAUUGCACAACAAUCAUUAUCUUCAAAUCAUCGUGAUAUUCAGUUAUAUAGAAAUAAUCUCAAAGACGUACAAAACAAAUAA